UUAUUUUGGAUUUGCUUUUGAUCUCAUUAUACUCUUACGAGGGCAAAACCGGGUAAGCUGCUUUGGGGUUGCUGAUGUUACAAUCCUUUUUCCAUGGUGAAAAAUACUUUUUGACUUAAUACUAUGCACUACAUUUGCCAGGUUUGUAAAAUUAGGGAAAUAAUCUGUAUCACAUUCUCAAAUUUAAGAAAGCUAUAAGUAACUUUUGUUUCUGUGAAUCUUUUUUUAUGGUAAAUACCCUUCCAGUUCCACUUCUUGAAUAUUUCUGUUGGCUCUGCUGUUCUAGUUCCUCCUCUUACAUUUUAGAAAUGAACUGCAAAAGAUGUUUUGAAAUCAGGAUAACAAAAUUGUUGCAUACUCUUUGGCCAAAUUCUGAAGAACUUAGGAUUCAUUUAGGAUUUGAAAUCUACACUGACUACCAAGUUUCCUAGGUAAAAUCUUGUCAUAGCUCAUUGCUGACACAGCAGGACAAUAACGUAAUCAUAUAUUUUCUCUCUGACGUGGUGCAUUUCCUCCUAUAACUCUACAUCCAGACUGAACAUUCUGAUGGUUAUUGUUUGGUCAAGAACUGCAAUUUCCCAGAAAAUUAGAAAUACAGUUCCUACCCACUUUGUUGUACCAGUACAGUACAAACAGUUGAUUUCCUUUAUGAUCGGGUAUUUCUAAAAUAUGAUUGACUAUUUUCUGCUGAAUUAAAAAAGAUGACACAAAGGUAGUAAGCACAAUUUUUUGUGCUUUAAAAUCCAUGUCAAACAUAUAAUGCACAUUUGUAGUUUACCUGCCACACUUUUUUUGUUGUUGUUUAUAUAAAAUAAAGUGCUGAGUUAUUCAUAGGAGCAAGAAUAGAAUAGCAUAAAAUGAGUUUCUUUCUCCUCACAGCUGUUGAUUAGAUCAGUAACAUCAAAACAGUAACAAGCUUCUUUAAAUAGGGACACUUUAGAAAGACCACCAACAUGCUGUAAAAUUUGCUGAAGCACAAUGGAUAUAUAACGAACAGCAAAGUCAGGUCCUGCACUGUAUUUUUACUUUUGCUUUGUAUGCAAAAAUACCCAUCCUCUUAAGCAGCAGGAACUGCCAUAUGUGGUCAGAUGUCUGUAAGAGUGAGCAUGAGGAUGUGAGUUCAUAGCCUCCACGAGCCUUCAAAACAUCUGUUAGAGGAGAACUUUCAAGCAGUUCACCAACACCUGCAGAGUAAAAGCAGAGCACAGAGCAACCGAGAACAGAAGAAUUUCUGGAAUGAGUCUAGCUGAGGAAAGCAGUGACAACUCAACAUGGAAUAUUGUGAGGUCAGUAGUCUGCAUAAUACUGGGAUUGUCAUUUAUAAUUGGUGCCCCUGGAAACUGCAUCGUUAUCUGGACUGUUUGUAGGAAAAUGAAGCAAGUAUCUCUUUCAGUCCUGCUGAUCUUGAACCUGGCCAUUGCUGAUAUCCUUGUACUGAUCACUUUACCAAUUUGGAUUUACUCUUUUGCUGACUCAUGGGUUUUUGGAGUCAUCUUCUGCAAAAUGCUGGUUUUCAUUAUUUACUGCAGCAUGUAUGCCAGUAUAUUUCUGAUCACAGCACUCAGCUUGGAGCGGCUACUGGCUGUGUUUUACCCUUUCACAAUUCAAGCAUACAGAAGAAAAGAAAGAAUUUCUUUGAUCUUGUUCCUCAUUUGGUUCCUGUCUAUUGCCUUUGGCAUUUCUGUCAUUCCGUUUCAAGAGACAGAAGAAACGAACGGUCGACUUCUCUGCACGUGUCGCAACUACUCUUCGAACAGACAGAAAGUGUCAUAUCUCCUGCUGGAGACCCUUGCAGGCUUUGUCAUCCCUUUCAUUAUUAUUUGCACCUGCUAUGUGUGUGUUGCAAGGAGAAUAAGCAGAAUGACUUACCAAUCCAGGCGGCGAUCGGAACGUCUCAUUGCCAGCGUGGUGGUGGCGUUCAUUCUGUGCUGGUUCCCUCACCAUGUCUUUAACAUCCUGGAUAUUAUUUCAAUUGAAACAGAGCUCUCUAAUGAGGAGAUGUCUUUGGCACUGGAAGAAAUCGUAGACAAAGGAGUGUACAUCUCUGGAGCACUUGUAUUUAUCAGUAGCUGUAUUAACCCGCUGCUUUAUGCUUUUGCUGCACGAAGGUUUCAGAACCACCUGAGGUUUGCCAAGAUGUCAAAGCUGUUUGAACAGAUCAGUCAGAGUGUAACAGUGGAAGACAAGAAAAGAAGUCUGGUUGUAGCCAAAAGUGAAGAUCCUGUGGUAGGCACAGAAAAUCUCUAACAAGGAACUCAGUGAAUAAUCUGUGUCAUUCCUUUCUCCUCAUUUUCUCAGUUUCAUUUACUAAGCAGUCCAUGGAAAGCUGGAGAGAAAUAAAAACUUUUUGGUUUUUUUUCUUGUGCUUUUCAAAAGAAUUGACAUUAACAACCUUGUUCGGUUCAUAAGUUAAUAUUCACAUCAUGAAAUGAAUUUCAUAGUUGCUGAGAACAUCAGCAAGGUGGCUAAAAGCGCAAAUUGUAAGGAAUACAGCAUUUUUACUUUCCAUUAAAAUUAUUUCUGAUUUCUAGAAAGUCUGUGUGCAGAAAACAGAAAAGAACUGCAUGUGGAAAAGAGAGACUUGAAAGCUUAAAACUAAGUUUUUCUUCAGAAAAAAAAUUGUUACACGUUCAAAAAUCCUUAUACAAUCUAAAGUUUUAAGAAGUUAAAUUCUUUGUAUAGGUAAGAAUGGUUUUAAAGUGUUCUAGUGACACAAAAAUCUUCUAGGUUGAUGGAAAAAUCUAAAGCUAUUUUUAUUCAUUACUUUAUUUAGGUGUGAAAGUAAUAAGGGUUGUUUACACAGCUCAUUUACUGCAUUAUCUUGGGGUAGUGAACAAGUCAAACGCAGAGUGUGACAUCCUUCCAGAAGAAGAAGGAGGUGUGAGAACUGUGUUGUAUGGCAAACAUCUCUGCAGACUGCAUGCUAUAUGUGAUGGCAAAUGCAUUGCAUACUUCAGUGACAAUUUUAUGUAUUAAAUAUAUAUACUUUGAAUUUUGAGUCAAAGGAGUGAAGCUUCCAAGAUGUCUAUUAAAUUGUGGAAGAAUCAGAUCAGGCUCAGGUGAGGAGGAAGGAAAGAUCCUUUGUAUUAUUUUUUAUGUGUAAGAAAAUUAUGAUGGUGAUAGUACAAAGUUUUUCAUAUCAUAAGAACUUCACCUUGCAAAUAAAAGCAUUAUUUUUUUCUUCUCUUAUAGAGCAGUGGACUUUGCCAUAAGAAGCCAAUAAAAUUAGUAUUUGCAAGGGCUUUAGUUUUGUGAACGUGUUUAAAUUCACUGUGAAAAAUUGCAUGGCAUCAAGUGUUUGCUUUUGAAGUUUUAUUUAUUUCAAUUGUACCUAAAGUUUUUUAUACUUGCUUUGUAAAUUUUUAAGUCAAUAAUUUGUAAUAACAUCAAGCUUAUAACAUCAUAACUACUGAUUAUGAAGCUUAUUGUAAUUUCACAUUCCUUGUUCUGGACAGCUGCUAAAUAGCUACAUUACUUAUUUUUACAAAGAAAUUACAAAUACUAACCAGAAAUUAAUUUUUGAAGUGUGAUUGUGUAAGGAUAAUUGAGUUGUAUUAAUUUAGCUUGUAAACUGAAAUAAACAUGGGGAAGUAAAAUCCUUAGCUGCUAAUGGAAGAAUAUUUCUCUAAACUGUGCAUAUGUAUUUGUUACUCCUACUUCUUAUCAAAAUGGUUUUUUUCCUGAAUAGAAGAAAAGUGUACAGCACUUUAAUUUCACUGAAAUUAAAGAAAACUUUAGCAUUGUCUUUUGCAGGAAAUAGUAAGCAACAGAUAAAAACCUUUAGACUUUACCUCGUUCUUUACCUACCAGUCUUUUUCACCCCACUAAUGGCUUUUAAUUGCUAUGGGACAUCCAAUAUAGCAAUGUGACAUUAUCUCACAAAAAAGCAGCAGUUUCAGUUAUCUAGUCAUAAAAAAGUGAAGCUGUAUUUCCCAAUAUGUUCUUGAGAUAGAAAUCACUCACUAUUCAACAACAACAUAGAACAGAUGAGGAGAUUUACUAUCUCCUGAGCACAUGAGCACUGCAACUGAACUUCUAGGCCACGGGGAGUCAAGCAUUUCACAACUCACAGGGUGAGAAAACACCCAGGCAAACUUUAGUACAAGCUGCCUGACCAGUACUUUCAUUUCUAUCAGUCUAGCAUGAAUUUUCAGCCUCAAUAUUAAUUUUUCACAUUUUCUCCAUUGCUUUUUACUCACAGUACUAAAGUCCUUGUAAAUCAGGAAGUCCAUCAAGGAGCUAGAGCUGUCCCUCUUAAUUUCUUGUUAAUGGCCUUGGGUGUACUUCCAGUAGUCAUCUCCAAGAACUGUGCUUCUUUUGAAGGCUGAUAGAGAAGUAUUAGAACAUACUAAAACAGCAGUCUUAACUAAUUUCAGUUUUAUGUAGAGUAAAUAGAGUUAAGUUCUUGAAAUGUUGGUUUGCACAAUUAAAAUCCUCGCUAAUUUAACAUUUUUGUCAACUGUAGCAGGAGCAAGAUGACUUGUAGAGCUGUCCCAAACUGGGCCUCAGACCAGGCCUUAGACCUAGGCCUGUUAGGCCUCGGACGUUUGCCCUACGUAGAAAUAGAUACGCUUGUUUUGCACUGGGAAUUGUGUUAAGGUGUAUCUAUCCACAGAAUAGAGUAAUUACACUGAAACUCCGUAGCUGCCUUAACUCCACGUUGUUUGCAUAUUUCUUUACUCUCACUGCCUAUCAGAAUGCACCUGUUCUUGUAAACUAUUCUGUCUGUAUUUAACCCG